CUUCUGCUGGGAUCUGACUACUUCCUGUGUUCACCCUGUGCCUCUGUUCGACCCACGUGUUGGGAGCCUCGCUUCUCUGAUGACUACAAGUCACACCCAGCGGUGAACUUUGCCCACACUGUGCGGUUCAGCCGUCGGAGGGGACGCCACCCUGAGCUGCUGGCUGAGCUUCGGGACGUGACAAUGGGCAGCAUCGUGCUUAAAUGCGCCGUGACGGACCUGGGCAUCCAGUGGUGCUGCUGGGCUGCGGCCGCGCUGCUCAGAACCGAGAGGUUUUACGACUUGGCAGGGUCUGGCACAUUUAUAUUACUUGCCCACCUGAGUCGUGUUUGGGGCGGAGCCAGCCACGGCCGCCAGAAGGUGCAGACUGGGUUAGUCACAGCAUGGGGCCUCAGGCUGGGAACUUUCCUCUUCAUGCGGAUCUUGAAGGACGGUCAUGAUCGCAGGUUCAAUAAUGUCAGAGACAGCCCAGGGACUUUCUUUGUAUACUGGACUAUUCAAGCCGUGUGGAUAUUUAUGACCCUCCUGCCCACCCUAAUGCUGAACAGUGAAAAGCGAGAUGUGCCUCUGGGAGUCAGGGACUACAUCGGCUGGACUAUGUGGGCCCUCGGUUUUGCUACCGAGGCUAUUGCUGACCAGCAGAAAUGGCUUUUCAAGCGUGACCCAGAUAAUGCUGGAAAGUUCAUCCAAAGUGGACUAUGGGCUUACAGCAGACAUCCCAACUACUUUGGAGAGAUCCUGCAGUGGUCAGGUCUGUGGCUCUCAGCCUCAUCGGUGAUGCAGGGCGCCCAGCACCUGAGUGUGGCGUCGCCUCUCUUCGUCUGGUUCCUGUUGCGUUACGUCAGCGGCAUCCCCAUCCUGGAGCGGCAGGCAGGGAAGAGAUGGGGGUCCGACCCAGCCUUCCAGGACUACAUCAGAAACACUCCUCUGCUUUGGCCUUUACCAAAGUUUUAAUGCUAUUAAACAUUCAAUCAAGCACUACACCAAUGACUGCCUCACACAAGGCUGUAGUCAAGUCAUUCUGUGCUCUGAACCUGUGUGAAUAUUGUUCAGUGUAUUUUUAUAAUUGACUUUCACUGCAGGUCUUCUGUAAAAUAAUAAUCUGACAAAUAUUUAGAUAUUUUUGUAGAAUAUCACAAAUGAGAUUAUUAAGAGCAUUUGCAAGUGUG